UCUGGUAGGCGGUAUGCUCCCAUGGCCUGCCCCCUCCUAGCAGCUUUGCACGCGGGCGGCUCUGGGCCGGCGGGUAUAAGCGGCCCCGGGCGCCCACCUCAGAACGGGAAUCAGCGAGGAGGCGACGGCGCUGGAACCCAUGGACACCGCGUACCCCCGCGAGGAUCCCCGGGCCCCGACGCCCCGCGCGGCCGAAGGCGUCGCCCACACGGCGCUCACGCUGGGGGCGCCGAGACCCCCGCCUCGAGACCACUUGAUCUGGUCGGUGUUCAGCACCCUGUACCUGAACCUGUGCUGCCUGGGCUUCCUGGCGCUGGCCUACUCCAUCAAGGCCCGAGACCAGAAGGUGGCUGGAGACCUGGAGGCGGCGCGGCGCUUAGGCUCCAAGGCCAAGUGCUACAACAUCCUGGCCACCAUGUGGGCACUGGUGCCCCCUCUGCUGCUGCUGGCGCUGGUGGUGACCGGUGCCCUCCACCUGUCCCGGCUGGCCAGGGACUCUGCCGCCUUCUUCAGUACCAAGUUUGAUGACUCGGACUAUGAUUGACAGGCUGUACCCUGGCCCUGUCCUGACCCGGAGCCCCGACCCUAGGACACCAAGGCCUGGGGCGCUGCCACCCUGAGCUCCCGGGACCCCAGCUCUGCCUUAGGGCCCGAUGCCCACCCCCAGCCUAAGCCUGGGUACCUAAUGCUGACCCCAAGGAUCCCCAUUUUGGACCCCAGGGGCCUCCCCCUAACUUUGAUGGUCCCUGGUCCCCUUCCUCCCCACUUACCAGGUUCUGCUUAGGUUCCACAAUUAAAAGUGCCUGGUUCCAGAAGGUGCCUCCUGGGCCUUAUUCCUGGCUGGGUGGGGAGGGUGCCUUCCUGAGAGGACAUGCGCAGCCAAAUCCCCGACUGACCACAGCAUCAACGGUGGCGUCCUGUUCCCCUUGGCCGCACUCCGACUGUCCCCAGGCGCUGGGCGGAGGUGCCUGAGUAUUUCAGAGUCAAGUUUGGGAACUCAGGCUUUGAUCCCUGCCGCGCACUGUGGUUUAGUGGACUGUCUUCCAGAAUGUGUGUGGGGUCCCAUUCCACGUGUGCCCCUCUCCAAGUGUGCGUGCACGUCUGCGUGCAGGGUGGUGGUCAUCCCUGGCCCACGAGGUCUCGCCCUCGUCCUGCAUGGUCCUGCCUGUGGUCGGGCAAGCGCUGACUUUCUCUGGGUCAUGCUGUUGUUCCCCGUGACCCCUGCAUCCCAAUUGAGAAAUCUGCUUGCGGUGGGACAGUAGGGCUGGGCACAGACUCAGGCUCAGUCAUGCCAUCAUCUGUGCCCACAUAUAUCACACACACGUGGACGCACCCAACACUCCACCCACCCACAUGGCUGUGCAGAGGUGACGACGUUUUCUGAGCCUCCCUGGUGCCAGACGCAUGUCCUUGUAUUAUUUCACCUCCUUUGGACGCCCCCGAACCAGCAGUUUGGCAAAGGCAGGGGUUGCUAAACACAUGCACACACCCUGUGUGGCUGGGAGUGAGGUCCCCUGGGCCUUGCUGUGGCUGGCCAAUGACAGGGCAGGCUAAUUGCAGGGGCCUUAACCACAGGGAGGCUCAGGGUUUUGAGCACCCCACCCUGGGUCCCUUUCCUCCCCAGGGAGCCCCCUUUGCCUGUGCACUCUGCCUGGUCUGGGGGUGGAGAUCUCUGUUUAACUGCUGUACUUGGAACCCUCAAAGUACUCCUCCCCUCCACAUGCACACAUAGCCAACAACACCCCAGCUGCACACUGAGCAGUGCUGCUGUGAGCCAGCCCCUGGAGGAAGAGGUGUGCUGGCCCAUCUGGGCGCUGGUCCUACAUUGGACCAAAGACAAGGAGUGUGCCAGUGCUUGCACCAGGAUGGUGACAGCGUGCCAACCCUGUGCUCCUGGUUUCGCCCAAGAAGAGACCAACCCAUGCCAGAUAUAGAGGCUGGGGCGGCGUCAGCCUGUGUGGCUGGGUACAUGUCCCCAAGCACGGGCUGAUGGUCUGCCGGUCAAGUGAUGACUGUGCAGCCAGCCGGACCACGUGGGGAGGACAGUGUGCAGUCAAGUCGGGGGGGGGGGGAAGGUCACCAGCAGCUCUGCCUGCCCCACGCUGUCUCCUGGGCAGGCUGAGGGAUCCCGUCAAGCUCGAGCAAUUGGCUACCAUGGGUCCCUAACCAGCCAUGCCAGCACACGCACCCUGCCACCCUGCCAGUCCCCAGAGGGUCGCCCUACUAUGUGCACAGGGGGCCACACACACACAUGCUCUGCGUGUGCUGCCAGUACCAGGCCACCUGUCCUGUGAGCACAGGGCCACCUACUACCCCACCUGGCUCCAGGGCUGCACAGGUAAGGUGCCCUGGGACAGUCCCCCACUGUGUGGUCUGCUUUAGCGGACCUGCCUGGGCCUUUGCUACACGGCUAGCAGAGGAGCCUACGGGCACCUGAGCCGUCCUCAGGGAGCCAGCACGGACACGGACGUAUGUGGGGGCUGCACCUGGCCACGCUUCCUGGAGGCUACACUCCGCAGCAACCAUGGGACCUGGGAUCCCCGACGCCUCCCCCCACUCGCCCUUCUCCCUCACAAGGCUUCGUCUGCCUGGUGGCUGGUUCGCAGAGAACUGGGUCUAACUGUCCACUGAGAACAAAGGACAGCAGUU